AACGCGUUUAAUUAACUAAUCAUUAUACAAUUUUUUUAUUUUCAUACAAAACAAAAUAAUAAAGAGAACCUAAAAACAAGGAAAGCCCUCAAAUUGGACGAAUUUUGUGGUACUCAUAUCAAAAAUUUCAGACACUAAACACAAAAGAAAGAAAGAAAAAAAAUUAUUAUGAAGCUCUGGAAAAGAGCUGUGGGGGUUCUGAAGGACAAGAGGAGCAUAUACGUGGCCGGCGUGUCUCGGCGGACAUCCUAUCGGAACCCCCACCUGGAGGCCAUAAUCAUUAAGGCCACCAGUCAUGAUGAUUCCUUUGUUGACUACAAGAAUUUUCAAAGAGUCUACCAAUGGGCAAGAACAUCUCCUCUUUACAUGAAGCCUUUAAUAUGGUCUCUCUCGAAUCGAAUGGACAAGACAAGAACAUGGGUUGUUGCACUCAAGGGUUUGAUGUUAAUCCACGGCGUCAUAUGUUGUAAAAUCCCCGCUAUCCAGAGGAUCGGACGGUUACCGUUCGAUCUCUCUAGUUUCUCAGAUGGACACACCAAGCCUAGUAAGGCUUGGGGUUUCAACGCUUUUAUUCGUGCUUAUUUUGCUUAUUUGGACCAAAAAUGCUUUUUAAGUUUUUUCGAGAUUAAGGAAAAUAAUAAUGCUAAAAAAAUUAGUUUGGGGGAAGAGUUGCGGCGGUUGGUGACGUGGCAAUCUUUGAUGGAUCUACUUUUACAAGUUAGGCCUCAAGGCGAGAAUAUGAGGAGAGUUGGAUUGGUUUUCGAGGCGAUGAUUUGUGUUGUUACCGAGGUUUUCGAGGUGUAUGAGAAAAUGCGCAGAUUGAUUAGUCAAGCUGUUGCUAGGGCUUAUGAAGAUGAUCACAUUUGGCCUCGGCCCGGGGAUGUUGAGGUCAAUUUGGCUAAUGGGAUUAUGAAAAAGGCGACGGUUCAGGGCGACGAGUUGUGCUUAUUUUUCGAGCUUUGUAGGGAAAUGGGUGUUUUAAACGCGUCGUUUUCCCCAAAAGUUGAGCGAAUUCCGGCCGAGGAAGACUUUAGAGAGCUUGUAAGGAUUGUUGAUAGGGUUUCUAAUAUUAACACAAGAGAGGAUGAAAUAUUGAGUUUGGAUUAUGAAGAUCAUGAUGACCAUCAAGAUGGGACUAUUGUAAAUAUUGUUGAUCAUAAUUAUGAUGAUGAGCAAAGUUAUUCUUCAAAGACUAUAAUUACAGAUAAAUGGGAGAUUUUUGAUGAAGAAAAUUAUGAUCAGAAUAAAACAUUAAUGUUGGUAAGUACUGAUCAUCAUCAUCAUCAUCAUGAUCUUGAUUCAUCAAAUCAUGAUCAUCAACUGAUUAUGCUUUCUCCUCCUCCUACAAUAACAGCUCUUCCAGACUUAAUUACUUUCUAGUGGUUAAUUUGUAAUAAUAAUUCUUUAAUUGUUGAAUAUUAUAUUAUUACGUGAAAAGUUAAUUAAUUAUGGCUCUUAAAA